AUGGGGGCGUCGGGUAAGUGGAUCCGGACGCUGGUGGGGUUCCGGCCGGCAGCAGAGAGGGAGAGGCCCGGCGCCGCGGGGAAGGGCCGGAAGUGGAGCCGACUGUGGCGGAGCUCGUCCUCUCACUGGGGGAGCAGCGCGCCGCCGUGGGAGGCGCCGUCCGAGGCGUCGUCCACUGCCGACGCGCUCAGCAGCUCUGUCGUCGCGGCCGUCGUGCGCGCGCAGCCCAGGGACUUCCGCGUCAUCAGGCAGGAGUGGGCUGCCGUCCGCAUCCAACUGCCUUCCGCGCAUUCCUGGUAUGCUUACCCGCCGCCGCCGCCGCCGCCACCGCCUCCGUUCCCGUCGCUCGGUUUCCUGGCUCGGAGGGCGUUGAGGGCACUGCGGGGCAUCGUGCGGCUGCAGGCGCUGUUGCGCGGCCGCCGCGUGCGCAAGCAGCUCGCCGUCACGCUCAAGUGCACGAACGCGCUCGUCAGGGUCCAGGAGCGCGCGCGGGACCGCCGCUUCCGGAUCUCCGCGGACGGCCGCCACUCACAGGGCAUCCUCGACGACCGAAGCGGCCGUGCUGAUCCUGUCAAGGAAGCAGAGACAGGAUGGUGUGAUAGUCAAGGUACUGUGGAUGACUUAAAAUCAAAGAUACAAAUGAGGCAUGAGGGUGCGGUGAAGAGAGAAAGAGCAAUUGCUUAUGCUCUUUCCCACCAGCGAAGUACAAGCCACAGUGGAAGACCUAGCUCUCCUGCUGUUUCUCUCAGGAAUCAUGGGACCAGCAGAAGCAAUCAUAAUUGGUGCUGUUUGGAUGGGUCGAUGGCAACGAAACCUUGGGAGAGCCGCCUUAUGGAGCAAACCCACACUGAAUACUCCAACAAUUUGCGGUGUUCAGAAAGCAUUGAGGAGAUGAAUGCAGUCAGCUCAAAACUUUCAGAUGCAAGCUCAGUCAAAAUCAGAAGAAACAAUAUGACAACAAGGGUGGCAGCUAGGCCUCCUUCCACAAUCUUAGCUUCUUCAUCAGAUUUUGUGUGUGAUGCCAGCUCUCCUUCAACUUCCUCUGUCAGUCCAGUGUCUGGCACCAGUUUCCUAACAUCAGAGCGAAGAUCUGAUUAUGGUCAUGGCGGUGAGCCGAACUACAUGAACUGGACUAAAUCAGCAAAAGCAAGGUUGAAUGGUUCUAGCACACAUAAGUUACCGCUUCAAAGGCAACGAUCUUCUGAUAUGCACCACAUUAGCAGGACAGCGUUAUCUUCGGUAGAUGUUCAAAGCACUGCUGGAUCGGAGGUUUCAGUUACUUCUAAGAGGUUGAACAGUUUGACUCUGAAAGGUCGAGGCGCUAGAAGAAGUUUGGACAAGAAGAAUGACGACCGGCCUGUUGCCGUGUUUUAA